AUGUUCACGAAAAGCUUCUGCCAGUGUCGUCAUCUUUCAACAAAAUCACCACCGUCUAAAGCGAGUCAAAAAUUAUCUUCUGUUUAUGGAGCUGGUCUAUCAGCGUCGGGAGCCCUAGCGAUACCUUCUUUGGUUGUCAAUACAAAAAUCAUCCCUCCCCGAUUUGUGAAGAGCCCUCGAAGGAUAUCUGCGUUAAACUUCUCCGAAAUCACUCAUGUCGCUUCUGGAUUUGGCUUCUCAUUGUUUUCUUCUCGCAAUAAAUUAUAUGGCAGUGGACUCAAUAACUAUUCUCAGAUUACGGCUAUUGAAACAAGUUCUGGCGGGCAGGAUUAUUACAUUUCGAAGAAACAUAUACCACUUCCGAGAGGCGGCAUCAUUGUUGGAAUAGCUGCAGGAAGAGCCCAUUCUCUGGUGGCGUUUAAAGACUGGGUAUGCGCAUUUGGCCAUAAUGUGCAUGGCCAAUGUGGUUUGGAUCCAGAGCAGCAAGAAGUUGUUGUUCAGAGCUCCGAUCCGCAAGCAGCUUCUACGAGUCUGCUCAAUGAGACACCAAUUUUGGACGUUCAUUGCUCGCUCGAUUCGUCCUUUAUUCUGACAACAAAAGGCGAGGUGUAUGCUUUUGGUUUGAAUGAAGACGGACAAUGUGCGAACGAAGAAUUUGGCAUUCAGGUCAAUCCAUCAAAAAUCAAAGGAGAUACAACCGGAGAGGAAAUCGUUGCUGUAACUGGAAGUACGGAUACGAUUUUGGCAAUUUCAAAGAAAGGAGAUCUCUUCGCUUGGGGUCAAAAUGAACAUCAUCAAGCUGGCCUUGGCAAUACAAGUUUACAGGUAACAACUUCUUGUCAUGUGCCGAUAGCAAAGCGAAUUGUCAGUGCCGGAGCUACCGCGUGUUCUUGUGUUGCACUUGAUACCGAUGGCAUCGUUUACACCUGGGGAACACAAUUUCUUGGUCAAGGACCACGAAUCACAAAGGUCUCGCAACCUACACCUCUAGAUCAGCCGCUUUUCAACAACAAAAAAGUCGUCAAAGUAUUUGCUGGAAACACUUGUGCUGGAGCGUUAAAUGAAGACGGAGAAUUUUUUAUCUGGGGUCUAAAUAGAUUUGGACAGCUUGGGAUUGACAGCGAAAAGGAUCAACUCUUUCCACUACAAAUAUAUUUUCCCAAUGAUGUUUGCAGUGCUUCUUUGGGGACAGACCAUUCGCUUUUCCUCAUGAAG